AUGCUGUCCAAUCGUCGGUCCACCAUGAUGGUGCCGCAGCAGGCCGCAGCACAGAUCCAGGCCGAGAUAGCCGCCAGCGCGGAGCCAACAAACCUCCCGUCUAGCAUGCUGACGGCGACGACGGAGACUCUUCCGGGCUUCCGCAUCAAGAUGAUCAUGGGCGCGGUCAAGGGCUCCUCCGUACAUGAGCGGCCCAAGCCGAGGAAGAACAGCACCACGUCCGGGUUCCUGCGCAAGACGGUGUCGCAAGAGGCGCGGCACCUCACGCACGCCAUCUACGACGCGCGCAACGAGGCCCAGGAGCGCAUGGAGCUGUGCGCCGUCUCCAUGGGCGCCAACGCCAUCAUUGGCGUCUCGUUUGACCAGAGCGAGCUGAUGGGCUGCGUUCAGUGUAGCGUCUGGGGUACCGCGGUGUUUGUCGAGAGGAUAAAGGAGGACAGUUCUGUCUGA